GCUGGAGAGGCAGGCAGGCAGGCAGAGGAACGAAUUAGUUUGUGGGCUUUUAACAAACCUCCUGCUCAGACUAGGAGUCUCUGGGAGUCUGUCAGUCACUGUUAGCUCUGUCUUAGUCGCUCAGUUGCCCAGUCCGUCUUCUCCUCCCCCCCUCUGCUGUUCUUUCCCCCUCUCGCUUGCUCUCAUCGUUGUUUCUUUCUGGUGCUCCUCUUUAUUCUCGCCUGUUGCUUCUUCUUCUUCUGCUGCUGCUGCUGCUGCUGCUGCCUCCACAAACUUAGUCCAGAGAGAAAGUGCUGGGUGAUGGACUGCUGAACGGCUUGUACAUUGCUACAAAGUGAGCUGUGAGCCGAGUGAUUGACAGGGCCGACAGACAUGGGGAAGCAGAACAGCAAGCUCCGUCCUGAGGUGAUGCAGGACCUCCUGGAGAGCACCGACUUCACCGAGCAUGAGAUCCAGGAGUGGUACAAGGGCUUCCUGAGGGACUGCCCCAGCGGGAACCUCUCCAUGGAGGAGUUCAAGAAGAUCUAUGGUAACUUCUUUCCCUACGGAGACGCGUCAAAGUUUGCCGAGCACGUCUUCCGCACGUUUGAUGCCAAUGGCGACGGGACAAUAGACUUCCGGGAGUUUAUCAUCGCACUAAGUGUGACGUCACGUGGCAAGCUGGAGCAGAAGCUUAAAUGGGCCUUCAGUAUGUACGACCUGGAUGGAAACGGGUACAUCAGUAAAGCUGAGAUGCUGGAGAUUGUUCAGGCAAUCUAUAAGAUGGUAUCCUCGGUGAUGAAGAUGCCUGAGGACGAGUCGACACCUGAGAAGAGGACAGAGAAGAUCUUCAGGCAGAUGGACACCAACAGAGACGGUAAGCUGUCUCUGGAAGAGUUCAUCAAAGGAGCGAAGAGUGACCCCUCCAUCGUCCGCCUGUUGCAGUGCGACCCCAGCAGUGCCGGACAGUUCUAAACCUGAGGCAUCAACACAACCUUGCUUCUUUGGGUGACUCGAAAUGCCCUAAACUCUCCACUAAGGAGCAGACUGAUGAUGAAGAAUGACAAGCUGAUGACGAUGAAGAAGACAGGCCUUCAAUAUGCACUGAGGACUUCAAAGACGGGCACAGGAGCCACAUUCUCCAGUUAACCCCCCACCCCAGAGCUUUUUAUCUUAAACCCUCCAAACCCCAACAGAGACUGAACCUGAAGACUUUUCCAAAACCUCAACAGGUUUAUCAAACCCCCACUGAUUGUAGUUGACCAGGAUCCCUCAGUUCUCCUAUAAGCAUGUCAGAGUAUAAAGAAGGUCUGCAGUAGGUUGUGUAUAUACAGUAUAAACUGGAGUCUCUGUAUCAGUGUCUUUUCUUGGCCAUUCAAGGCUCCAGCCGGGGCGACACAGAGCCACUCUAAUGUGUAUCAUAGACAGAGUGUGUGCAUGAGACAAGAGAGAGAGAUGGUGUUGAAUAACAGGACACUGUAAGUAAGAUUAUUUAAUCUGCAGAAAGGACUUGUGAAGUUUGUCCUUCACUCAGAGCGAGUAAGUACUUUUAGUUUCCUCUUUUCUACUGUGAGAAUGUGUACGUGUGUGUUUGUGUAUUUUGCAAACUCGAUAGACUUUGUUUCAUAUUUUGUGCCGGGACAGAAUUACAUGAACGUGUAAUGUUAUGCUACUAUGCAUAUGCGCCCGGAUCAGUAGUUUGAUUUUGUGAAGUCUCACUGAUGUAACAAAGGAUGAAACGCAUCCCUUUAUCCAUCAUCUGUUCCAGUGGUUUUUCAUAUCAGUAAGACAGAGGACUUUGAGAGUGGCGGUGUGUUACUGCUCUCUAGCUUAAGGAAAAUAGAAUACUAGUCUUUACAGUAUUUGAGUACAGUGUAGAUAAAUUCAAGUGCACCUAAAUUUGUAAAUCAAAUUCAGAAUUGCUCAGUUGAUAACAAAUGUUGUGAAAUAAUGAAAAAAAAUGUUUGUUUAUUUAAGCUGAUGUCAAGCAUGCAAACCAGUUCCUUUUUUUGACACGUGAAGACAAAGACACACCUCUUCACGUUCACUUUUGGAUGUUUUUAAAUGCUGCAUGUUGAAUCAUUCGUUGGGUACAGGGGUGCAUAGACUAAAUAACACAUAUGCAUGUGACUUUAUGCGCAUGUGUGUGUUUUUACGUAUGUUUAUGGAGAUCAGCGGCUGAACCAGGCUCUGCUCGCUUCUGUACAUUAGUAUUGUCAUCGUUAGUGCUACCAGUAUUUAGUGUUAUUGACAGCGUAUGGACUGCCAAAGCUGACACAUGUAAUGGCUGUAAUGAAUAACUUGAUGGAGGGAAACAAAGAGGAGCUUUAGGAAGACCACCAUGCACAAUAACCAGUACACAUAAGGACACACUGUUUAAUGGGGAUUCUGGGUAGUCAGAGCUGAGAGCUUUUUUUUCCUGUUUCAGUUGAGCUUAAUAAUUAAAUUGUAUCUGCAGCAGGAACACGCAUACACAGAGAAGACUCAAAUCUUUAGCAACAGUCCAAGUACACUCACAAUGGAUAGCAUAGCACUGACACAAUUUACAGUAUUACAUGAAACGAAUAAAGAAGAAGAUAGGGAAAUUCAUUCUGCAUGCUAUUCAGCGUCACACUGACACCAACUCUCCCUUUAAAUUUAAACGGAAUGACUCCACUGACAUUUUUUGGACUCAUCCCCGCUCCCUCUGAAGAACAGAGAUAAAAAGCUCUCCUUGACAGUUCAACCAGGACCAGUGUGACACCCCCCACCACACCACACCACACCCCCCCUGAAUGUACCUGAGCCCUCCCCGGGGCCAAGCGAAGAAGCCGUUUCAGUUAUUGCGUUGUUUUCCAAUUAGAAAAGCUUUGAAUGUUUUACUAAAUAACUGCUGUUUUUUGUGAAAAAAAAAAAAAGAUGCAGACAAACAAAGCGAGAAUCACAACUACUGCAAUGAUACUGUCACAAUGUGUUGCUUUUAUUGUAUUUUUAUGAUUUAUUUUUUUCCUUUUUUAAAAAAAAAGCUGAGUCAGGUGUAACAUUUCUGUUAAUACACAAAAUAGCAUCUUGUGGUCAAGUGCCAAAUAAAAACAAAAAACAGUAUUGUAUAAAUUUAUACUGUACAAUUGUUAUCUGUUGAACAAAAUGUUUGUAAUUGUUGCAUUUUGUAGGUUUUGUAUGGUAUCCUGUAUUUAGUGACUGCAGUUUUUGAACACAGGAUUCUGUUUUUUUGGUCAACUUUAAAAGGCAAGAAUUAAAUUUACAAUUUAUUGUGUGCAAGCA